GAAAAUAAAUGUUGAGAGAAUAAAUCAUACAUAGGGAUAUGCGUGUGGUCAACAAUGAACAACCUGCAGGAAAAUAGUGCAGCUUCUCCUGCCUCUCCUUCUGCGAAAGACAUUGAGAAGAUUUUGUAUGGAGGUAAAAGGUUUGGUAAUCAUGUUGAUGAAGUUUGGCCUAACCUGUUCAUUGGAGAUAUGUCAGUAGCUAAUGAUCGCUACAGUCUGUGGAAGCUGGGAAUCACCCAUGUUGUGAAUGCAGCUCAUGGGAAGACGCACUGUCAGGGGAGUCACUACUUCUAUGGAUCCACUGUGGAUUAUUAUGGAGUGCCUGCAGAUGACUCACCGUCUUUUGACCUCUCUCGAUAUUUCUUUCCCUCUGCUGAGUAUAUUCAUAACGCACUUGACACGACAAGUGCUCGAGUUCUCGUCCACUGUGCUGUUGGCGUGAGCAGGUCUGCCUCCAUCGUCCUGGCCUACCUAAUGAUCCACCACAAUUACACGCUACUAGAUGCAAUCAAUAAGGUCAAAGAGCGCAGGUGGAUCUUCCCAAACAGAGGAUUCCUUAAACAGCUUCAUGCUUUGGAUACGAAACUGCAAAAGACUUCAUGACCGCUUCAAAAAAUAAAGAUCUUCUAAUGCACAUAACCUCAAAACAGCUUUUUCUCCAGACAAAUGAGAGACUUGAUGACUGUGUCAGUUGAAGGAAAUGCUGUGCU